UCAUUGAAAACACCUGUGUUUACCUGCUACUCGUGUCAAAAUGGCAGCUGUGAAAACUAUGAACUGCCUCAUCUCUCGAAAACUGGAUUAUUAGAGUUAACAUAUAAUUCCAAGACCUUCCAGAACUUCAUCCAGGAGUUCCCUGUUGGGGAAAGACUCUAGGGCCGCAGAUAAGACUGUUGCCAUGGUCCUGAAGGAGAUACCAAGUAAGGCGUCAUCAGAAGGGAAGCCCCUCCUCACGGUGACUACCAAGCUGGUGAGUGAGCAACAAGAAAGCCGUCCACUUCUAAGCCCGUCCAUCGACGAUUUCCUCUGUGAGACCAAGUGCGAUGGGGUCUCUCGCCCAGUGACUUCAAACACAGCCGUUCUGUCCUCAACACUGGACCUGUUGGAUCUCAGUGAACCCGGAGAGAGGAGGAGCAGCAAGGACAAGAAGAGUCCCCUGUCGUUGCGCGGGGAAGGCCAGAAGAGCAACCUUCACAGGAAGAAGACGGAUGAGACGGAGCUGAUCCAGGUGGAAGUUGAACAAAUAGGCCCCAGCUUACGCACCCCUGAGAGGGUGUCUCUAGACUCAGUCAACAUUGGUUCUCCCUUGGAUAAAUGGGAGGAUUUGAACCCCAACUCGGAGAGAAAUGGCAACAGAAAAUGGAAGCUGGAGAGACGGCGUUCAUCCAAAAAUUCCUCCAAUGAAUUCCUGUGGUCUAUUGACUGCAAAAACCAAUCAGAGCCAUCAAACAAGAACUGCUUGGAAGUAAAUACCAAAGCCGAGCCAGAGUCUGCCCUAGCUUCUCAAAGUCGCCUAACGAAGGAGCAGAGGUGGGGCAGUGCCCUCCUGUCCAGAAACCAAUCCCUGGAGGAGGAGUUUGAGCGUGCCAAGGCUGCUGUUGAGUCAGAUACGGAGUUCUGGGAUAAGAUGCAGGCGGAGUGGGAGGAGCUCGCGCGACGAAACUGGCUGACGGAGAACGAGCAGGCCCAGAUCCCCUCCUCUGUCUCGCCGCACGAGAAGGGUUACUACUUCCACACGGAUAACCCCUAUAAGGACUUGCCCAAUGCGUUUGAAGAGGGACUGAAGAAAUCGAGAGAGGGAGAUUUGCCAAACGCUGUGCUUCUGCUGGAAGCUGCUAUUUUGCAGGACCCGCAUGAUUCAGAGGCCUGGCAAGUGUUGGGGACCACCCAGGCUGAAAAUGAGAACGAGCAGGCAGCAAUUGUCUCCCUCCAGAGGUGUUUGGAGCUCCACCCCAACAACCUCCCGGCUCUCAUGGGCCUGGCAGUGAGCCUCACCAACACAGGCAUGCGUCAGGACGCCUGUGAGGCCCUGCUGCGCUGGCUACGCCAUAACCCCAAGUACAAGCACCUGCUAAAGGGCAAGACCCACCUGACGGCAUCUCCAAACUCCCAACGUCGGAUGUCCCGCGUCUCCAACAUGGGCAAAUAUGAAAGCUCCCUGCUACCCGAGGUCAAAGAGCUCUUCUUGGAAGCAGCUCAGCACAACUCUGACACCAUCGACCCGGACCUGCAGACGGGCCUCGGGGUGCUGUAUAACCUCAGCGCAGAGUUCAACAAAGCUGUGGAGGCCUUCAACGCUGCCCUGUCGGUGCGGCCUGAGGACUACUUGUUGUGGAACCGGCUGGGGGCCACACUGGCAAAUGGGGACAGGAGCGAAGAGGCAGUGGAGGCCUACACCCGAGCCCUGGAGCUCCAGCCGGGGUUUAUCAGGUCCCGCUACAACCUGGGCAUCAGCUGUAUCAACCUGGGGGCACACAGAGAGGCAGCCAGUAACUUCCUGACCGCCUUGAGCCUGCAGCGGAAAAGCCGGAGUCACCAGCUGUCCCACCAGGUGAUGUCUGGAAACAUCUGGGCCGCUCUGAGGAUAGCUCUGUCCAUGAUGGACCAGCCCGAACUCUUCCAGGCUGCAAAUAUCGGCGACCUGGAUCUUCUCAUGCGGGCCUUCAACCUAGACAUAUGAGGAGUUGGGGUGGGCGAUGAGACAGUGAUGUCUCCCCACUGUCCUGAUCUCCAGCCCGCUCCCAAACAGCCAAGAGCCCAAAGCGUCCACACCAGAAUGAACCGAGUCUAAUGUUAGAGACAUAAAGUGCUUUCUUUGCACGUUAAAAUUAACUACAGCAGUCAAAGUUGCCCCGCCCCACCCCGCCCCCUCCCCACCAGGUACCUCGGAGCAGCUCUGAGGACAGGUUCUGCAAGUGCUUGAAGUGACUGCUUUGUGAUGGAUUUGCACUGCAAUAUGUGAUUUCCCUGAAGAGCACAAGGACGGGCAAAGAUUGUACGAGCAAUGCCUUAGAGAACACAUCAAUUAAAAACUGACUCAUCCAGUGGAACAGAGCUGAGCCAGGAGAGAGACAGGCAGACAGGCAGGCAGAGCUUCUCACAGAGAAACCCUUAGAUGCCGUUUGCAGAGAAGAGAUGAGGAUUUGAAAAAAAAGAGAAAGGUUUCAUUAUCCAAUUACUUUCAAAGACUCAAGACUGUCUCACCAUCCUAAGGGAAGGAUUUAGUGAGCAAACGACAAAGACUACACCGUAUGACCUGGAACUCCAAAUUCUGUUCCUGGCUUGUUUUCAUCCUCUUUCGAUGAGGAAUAAUAACACUGCAUGAAUAAGCAUUUUCAUAAACGGAUUCCUGUUGGAAAUUAACAUACUUUUAGAAGUUUUCCCUUUGCACUUCAAACAUACAGAUAACUUCCUCAAACCAAGUGGAAUGUGCAAGCCAGGUUGUAAAGCCUUACUCAAAUGCAUGCGAACAACAAUAUUUAUUUACACUAUUUUUAUGGCAACAAAAUGCUAAGCCAUUUUCAGACUGGUUUUUGAUUUCUUUGAAUAACUGGCGUCUUCUGAACUUGAAGGCUCUCUGAACCACUAAGUAUUUUGUUGUUGGUCUUGGCUCCUCGCUUCACUUCUUCUCUCUAUUCCCUUUAUCCUCAAUGGUUGGAGAAAUGCACACAAGAGCUGGGCCACAUGGGUCAGUAAAAAACUUCAUCGCUCUAUUGAAACUUUCAAAAAAUUCUACAUAAAAACAUGUCUUAUCAAUACAAGUCUAACAAUCUUUCUUUCAUGUGUAAUAUCGGGCACGACUUUCAAAGCAGUUCUUUUAUGAUUUCAGCAUCACACUGUUAUCAUUUUUCUGCAAUUGCAUUACCUCACAUGUGACAUUACAGAUAAAGGAUGUGGAGCUGCAAGCCAAGGCCCAUGAAGGAGCUUAGGACAUUUUCUAGUACAGUCGUUUGUAUCUUUGCUGCACCUUCACAGGCACUAAAACUCAAAUAUUUAUUUCACUCCAUUCUCCUCAACCGUCACGGUUCUAAGGUUAGGACAGACCUUACUGUUUUACCACUGGCAAACGUUAAGUGACAUCAUGAUAACAGAAUGAGAGGAAGUUGAAGCUUACAUCUACAUUUUUUAUUAUUAUUAUUUUGAGACCAAAUGACGAGAAUGAUUGUCUGAAAUAUCAAAUUCCAGAUAAUUCCUCUGCACAACCUCAAGAGCAGUGCUUUCUCUUUAAAUGUGCUUCUUGGUUCACAGCCUCUGCAGUCCAUUAGCGUCACUGUUGCUAGUUUGAAAGUCACUCUGGGAAAUGAAUGUCACCGUUCUCAGCCAUGCAACAGAGAAUAAAUGAUAGAUUAUCCACUGUACUCUAGCACUGCACCGUGGUGUUGAGCUGGCAGGUCCACAUUCUGGAUGGAGAAAGUAGGGUUUAUUCUAAGAUCCUAUGCAAAGGUCAUGUUUUAUGUUUCCAUUCUGAAUUGUCAAUUCGCCCCGUCCGACUCAAUGGACCAAAAGGAAGUGCUGUUUCUGUGUCCUGAAAGAAUGCUAUCAGGGUCUAGCAGAGACCAGUACCAGGGCCAUUCAUCUUCCAAACUGUACAGCUUUGAUAUCAUGGUUUCUACAAGAAAAGUGUUUUUUUAGAAAACUAUGGAAGAACAAAAAACGAGUGUUAUUUGUCAAGAGAGAAAUAGUUAAUGGCCCAUGAUUCUGCAAAAGCAGGGGCGCACACACACACACACAAAAACUGCCAUCCACCUUAAGUGUAGCUUUCGUGCUUUAUAGCCCUAUUGCUGUGGCACUGUCUUGGACCUCACCAAAUUCACUGCCAUACAUCAUGGCAUGCUGUCAGACAUUUGUUUUAUUUCUCCGGUCCGGUGCAUGUACACACUUCCAAACCCCCCUCUGAUGCACUCUUUCUGCCCUUCUGAGGAGACUCGUCCCACUAGUGUGGUGAACAUGAAGACUGAAAAUAUUAUGGAACAGCUUAUCAAGUUAAUCAUGGGUAAGAUUGUAAAAACAACCUAUCAGAUGAGUGUUUCAGAUUGAAACAGCACAGUGGCUAAUGCAGUCAGAUACUUAAAGUCCUUGGCACAGAGUCUCUGUGGCCGACCGUAAUGUUUAAUAGAUCAAGGAGCCAGCGGCGCCCACUAAGACACAGCACAUAUGUGCAUGCCACUAACAAUCUGCACUGGGGCCAGCCUGCGAAGCCUUUCACUGUCAGCGGACUGCACAAUGGCAAAGGCAACUGGGCCAAAACAGACGAGGCUGUGCAAGUUUAUUCAGGAUUUUAAAGCUAUUGUUUGACAGUACAGCUGCCUUUAUUUUGUUAUCUGACCUGAUAACAGGAACAAUACAUGACGCCUGGACUUUAUUAUCAUCAAGUGAGUACAUACAUGAUUUGUUUUACAUCCGUGCAGCCAUGUCUGUUUUUGCCAAGUAUUUUCCUCCACUGGCAUCCACCACAGUCAGUUUUGGUGUGCGUGCUAACACUGCCUUGUGAAGGCAUCCCGGGCCGGAGUGCCGGGCACCCAUGCCAUGAGUGUUUCAUUUGUAACGGAUUAGAUUCUCCACAAGUCCAAGGCGAGCUUUCCAUCUUAGUCAACUAUUUCCUCUUCAUAAGCCGCUGACCAAAUCCACUUCUAAUAAAUCCCUGAAAGAUGCUUGAGAGCAUAGACAUGGGAGACAUUGUUUGGGCCAGUAUUCUUCCAUUUGCAAAUAUUACAUGUGCUCUACUCCCCCUCCUCCCACUUGUCUUAAAUGUUAACAGCAAACUGUAGAACAAAAAGCUCAAAAUAUGAUGUCUGGUAAUUUGUGAUUUCCAAAAUAACUCUAAUUUUCUUAUGAGGUUGUAGGCCUUUGCUUUUUUGCAUUUGAGAUGAAGAUACUGUAGUUAUGUAGAAAAUUUAAAAAGAUAUUUUUUUAAAAGGUUGUUUUUAAAUUGCUGGCUAACUCUACAAUACUACUGUGUGUACUAUAAUUGCAGUGCUUUGAGAUAGGAUGCCUGAUGACAAAAUUCCCUUUUCUAGAACCUACUACUGUACCUUCUCAGGUGAGACGACCUAGCUAGACGCAUGAUCCUGAAGACAUCACCGAGGCUGAUCGCAUGCUAGAUCCUCUUGUGCUUAAUUUCGAAUGCCAUUUUUCAUUUUUAUGCAUGAAAUUCAUGGAAAUGCUUUCUUUCGCUCCCUCCAAUGUAGAAAAUGAAAUACUCUUAUUGUUUCCUUGCAAUAUUUCUACAAUGCACUUUCAAAAUCUGCAACCUUGACAGAAGUGGUGUGUAUAUAUUCAGUAUAUAUUGUGCACAAGAUGCUUUUCCUCGCAAAGCCAGAGCAUGUGCGCACAGCCCAAGCAGAGAAAUCAGUGUAAAGUCACUGCACUUAACUCCUCCAAACAUCAUGAUAACCUGAGUGAGCUUGACGACAUUGCUACAGCUGGGUUGAUCAUGGCCAUCCUCUGCAGUAGGUUUGUACCUGUGACCUAUGACUUAUGAUUAUAAACAUAUUGAUAAUACUUGGCAGCAAUCCCAACCUGUGAAGCCACUUUGUAGUUAAAUGCUUUACAGAGCAUGAAACAUGAUUAUGUUCUUAAAGGAAUUCUCCAGUGUUUUGUGCAGAAUACCAAGACUGAGAGAACAUGGUCGAUGACAUUUUCACCUCUGUACGUCCCCUGGGUCAGUUGCUGUGGGUAGCAUUUUGUGUUAGCUUAGCAUAAAGACUUGAAGUCUAUGGGAGUCACUAGCCUGGCUCAGUCAAAGUGAAAAAAUAAAUCUUACAGUGAUGCAGAGCUGGUCUUAUUUACACAGUAUAUUAUGUGUAUGAUAUACAUGUCUUGGAAUUGUGAAAAAAAAAAAAAAAAAAAAAAAAAAAACUAUAACCACUUUACA